AUGUCCUCAUAUCCAGAAUACACUCAACUCUCCAGAUAUGAGAAUUUCCACGAAACCACCGAUGCUCUUGAAACAUUGCGAAACAUCCAAAUGCUCUUCCCGAUCAAUGAGUUGACAAAAGAGCAAUGGAGCAUUCUGGAGUGUGUAGCCGAUGGUAGAAGACCUCUUCCAAUCCACCGAGUCACCACAUUUCAAUUCAAUCAACGUGUCGAGUACUGUGCCGACAACGGUGUCCAUCUCCUGGUGACUCGUUAUCUCGAAGUCAAUCCACAUCUCCGUCAAAUCCAUCCGAAGAAGACGGUUCAAGUGCUCCCAUCAAUGUAUCCCGUUGAAAUGUACUUGAAAAAUUAUAGCUCCGUGCUGAAACUCUAA